GCUUUAUUCAGUGUCUCAGAUAAAACCGGCCUGGUGGAAUUUGCAAAAUGUUUGACUUCUUCGGGUUUGGCUUUGGUUGCCUCAGGAGGGACAGCAAAAGUUCUUCGGGAUGCAGCUUUGAAUGUCAGAGAUGUUUCCGAUCUUACCGGCUUUCCAGAAAUGCUUGGAGGACGUGUGAAAACUCUUCAUCCUGCAGUGCACGCAGGCAUCCUGGCUCGUGACAUUCCACAAGAUAAUGCUGACAUGGAAAGACUGGAUUUCAGCCUUGUAAGAAUUGUAGUUUGCAAUCUCUACCCAUUUGUCAAAACGGUGGCCUCCCCAAAUGUCACUAUACAAGAAGCUGUUGAACAGAUUGAUAUUGGAGGCGUUGCUUUACUGAGAGCUGCAGCAAAGAACCACGCCCGGGUGACAGUUGUUUGUGAUCCUGGGGAUUACACUAAUAUAGCAAAAGAAAUGAAAAACUCCUCUGAUAAGGAUACCAGUUUGGAAAUUCGGCGUCAGUUGGCUUUAAAGGCCUUUACUCACACUGCUCAAUACGACACCGCAAUUUCCGACUACUUUAGGAAAGAGUACAGCAAAGGAGUAUCUCAACUUCCACUGAGAUACGGCAUGAAUCCCCAUCAAACUCCUGCUCAACUCUAUACUUCACGGCCUCGACUCCCUCUCUCAGUUCUGAAUGGUUCCCCGGGGUUUAUAAAUCUGUGUGAUGCUCUGAACGCCUGGCAGCUGGUCAGGGAGCUGAAGGAGGCCUUGGGCGUUUCCGCUGCCUCUUCCUUCAAGCACGUCAGCCCAGCAGGUGCCGCGGUUGGUGUGCCUCUCAGCGAGGAAGAAGCUCGCGUCUGCAUGGUGCAUGACUUGUACCCUACUCUGACGCCCUUGGCCGCCGCAUAUGCCAGAGCAAGAGGUGCUGAUAGGAUGUCAUCCUUCGGGGAUUUCAUUGCUUUAUCUGAUAUCUGUGAUGUUCCUACAGCAAAGAUCAUUUCAAGGGAGGUGUCUGAUGGGAUUGUGGCUCCAGGCUUUGAUGAAGAAGCCCUCAAAAUUCUAUCCAAAAAGAAAAAUGGCAGCUACUGUGUACUCCAGAUGGAUCCAACUUUUGAGCCAGAGGAAAAUGAAAUCCGUACACUCUUUGGAUUGCAUCUAAUGCAGAAAAGGAAUGAUGGUGUGAUUGAUCAAUCACUAUUCAAAAACAUUGUUACUAAAAAUAAAAAUCUGCCUGAUUCGGCCAUCAGAGACCUCAUUGUUGCCACCAUCGCUGUUAAAUAUACUCAGUCUAAUUCCGUUUGUUAUGCCAAGAAUGGACAGGUGAUUGGAAUCGGGGCAGGGCAGCAAUCCCGUAUCCACUGUACCCGCCUGGCUGGAGACAAGGCCAAUGUCUGGUGGCUCAGACAUCACCCACGAGUGCUUUCCAUGAAGUUCAAAACUGGAGUAAAAAGAGCAGAGAUUUCCAAUGCUAUUGAUCAAUAUGUCACCGGGACCAUUGGUGAGGGUGAAGAUUUUGCAAAGUGGAAGGCACAAUUUGAGGAAGUCCCCAGUUUGCUUACUGAAGGAGAGAAAAAAGCCUGGAUUGGAAAAUUAAAUGGUGUCUCACUAAGCUCUGAUGCAUUUUUCCCUUUUAGGGAUAAUGUAGACAGAGCAAAUCAGAGUGGAGUCCAGUUCAUUGUUUCCCCGUCCGGUUCUGCUGCUGACCAAGUGGUGAUUGAAGCCUGUGAUGAAUUGGGAAUAACACUUAUUCAUACCAACCUUCGCCUAUUUCACCACUGAUAUUAUAAAAUCAGUAUUUUUGAAGCAUAUUCUUUACACAGUCUGCUAAAAGCUACAUAUGUUGAGAGUUAAAAGAGAUAAAAAUUAUGAAAAUUUCUUGAAAAAUAAAAGCGCAAAAACUAUCAAUAGUGAAAUAAAAUAGUGACAUAAAA